AUGGCGGCCGGGGCGGUGCUCGGCGCCGCGGGGGCAGACGGGACGCGCGUUCAAACGGCGCCCGGCGGGGAGCGGCCCGGGGCCAUGGAGCCGGCCGAGGGGGCUGCGCGGGCACUGCCCAGCACCGGACGGGUCUCCGUGGCCGGGAGGAUCUCCGGAGCCGGGCAGCUGUCGCGGGGGCCGCACCUCAGGAAGCUCAGCGGGCAGCUCGGGGUCAGCCCCAGCGGCCGGGCGCUGCCGCCGGGCUCGCAGGAGAACGCGGAUCCGCAGAAAAUAGCGUUUCUUCUGCGCAAGCAGUGGACCCUGUACAGCGUGACCCCUCUGUACAAGUUCUCCAGCGCUCACCUGAAGGACUACGGCCGGCAGCUCGGCGCUUUCAUCGCCGCCGAGAAACAGAAAGGGCUGGCGGUGGAGGUCGGGGUCGAGCUGGGCAUCAAAGUGGCUGUCUCCAGCCUGCCGGACCUGAAGGGCAACGACCAGGACCACGCCGCAGUUCUCGUGCAGCUUUCCUUGAAAUCAUCUGCUUCUCAGAAAAAAACAGAAGAGAAACUGAUAUGGUCAGGAUGGUUCUGCUGUGUGGCUGGAGAUGAUCUUUCAUUGAGUGUGCUGGAGGACUUCACGUGUUUACCUUUGUUUCUUGCUAAUGGGGCAGAGAGUUACACAUCCCUUGUUGGAAGCUGGUUUCAGAAGACUUUUGACUGCUGCUUCCGUCGCUUAGUCAUCAGCCCUCUCAUUCUCACUUGGAUGGCAGCAUUGUGGACUGGAUAUAAAGUGGACAAAACUUCAUCUGCCAUGGAACUUGUUUUCUCUGUCCCCUGUCUGCCCCAGCCUCUGGAUAUUUCAUAUGCCAUUCACACAGAGGAUGCAAAAGCUCUGUGGGACACUGUCCAAAAAACUCCAGGAGAGAUCACUCAAGAAGAGGUGGAUGUCUUUAUGGACUGCCUUUACUCUCACUUCCACAGACACUUUAAGAUUCACUUGUCAGCUACAAAACUGGUCAAAGUUUCUACAGGAAUUGCCUCGGCACGCUGUGAUGGGAUUAUAAAGUUUCUACAAAGCCAGUACAUUAUUAGAGUGCUGAUGCUACUGACAGAACUGGCAAUCGCUCAGAUACAGUGAGACUCAAUUCAGCAAAUCUUCACGCUAUGAAGGCUUACAGUUGGAAGAUGGAAGCUGAGGAACCUAUUGGAAACUCAUUCUUGCAGCAUUUUUUUUUAACCUUUCCUGCUUGCUGUUCAAAUUGGAACUGUAACUUCUGCACUGAGAUCCGUAACUAGCUAAAAUUUAACAUCAUGCACAAAGAGAAGCAGACAUUUUGCCCUGAAGGACUACAGUAGCUUCUUAAGCACCCUUCUGUUACAGUUACUGUAUUCACUUGUAUAUAGUGUUAUUUGCUGGGGGCUGUGAGGUAAAACUGCAAAUUCUUGGAUGCAACUUACUGACAGGUGUGUGUUUGCUGCUGUUAGCAAUUUGGUUUUCACUGAAGUUGACAAGCCUAGCUAUACAGAUAUUAGCUAUACUGUGGUACUGUUGGGCUGAAGUCUAAAUGCACAGUCAGGCACACCUGAGAAAGGGAUGCAUGUUCUGCAGUCUAUGGCAGAAAAAUCCAGGUUUCUAACUUUCUAGAAAACUAAGGCCAGUUAGUAAUAGUCAAAGUGUUCAUCUAUUCCCCAGGUGGGCUAAGGUGAAAAAAGCAUGACUGACAACUGCCUUGUUUCCAGCACUGGGGGUCCUCAGAGAUGAGUUAAUAUAGGGAAACUUGAGAUCUGUCUGUAAACUAGAGCUUUACGAUGCUUUGCCUGAUGUAAUCUUGUAGACCACAGAACUUUAUACUGGAUCUCUUCCCUACUGUAGGUGGCAGUUCAGAAAGCUAGUGCAUAGAGGCUAGUUACAGCUUAGAUGAGCAGAAAGGAAGUAGAAGUACAUCUUAAAUACUAUGAGUAAUAUUACAGUACUACAUAAACAUUGCCAUUUUUUAGCCAGUGGGAGAGAAUAGCUAUAGCUAACUAAACAUGUACUUGUCUUUUGCUAAUCUCUAAAUUAUUUUUUACCUGACUAAACUACUCAUUGUUACCUCUUAAAUAAAUCUGCGAGUAAAGC